GAUCUAUCUUUCGCCACCCAUCGUGGCAAUGGGGUCCAAAAAGACAAGCCUUGCCGUCCUUAUUGCUGUUCUUGCCGUCUUUUCUUCCACCAAUUUCAUGGUCCCGGUCUUGCUCUCUUCCCUUAGGGAUCUUUCCCUUGAUGCAGAGCUCUUUACCUGUCUGUCGAGUGGUCUUUCGCCCCUUUUCGGGUGGCACCUCGGUCGCCAUCACCACCGGCACCGCCACAAGCACCCUCAUGAUAGCCAGAGGACGGUCUCCAUCUGCGACAAUUUCCCACCCGACAUACCCCCUCCGGAGACUAACACGACGGUGACCCUCUGCGUGGACCGGAACGGGUGCUGCAACUUCACCACGGUUCAAGCGGCUGUGGAUGCGGCCGGCAACUUCAGUCAGAAAAGGACCGUGAUCUGGAUCAACAGCGGCAUUUACUACGAGAAGGUGACCAUCCUGAGGACGAGGCCGAACAUUACGUUUCAAGGACAAGGAUACUUAUCAACUGCAAUCGCCUGGAACGGCACGGCUAGUUCUUCUGGCGGAACGUUCUAUAGCGGCUCUGUGCAAGUCUUCUCGAACAAUUUCAUGGCGAGGAACAUUAGCUUCAUGAAUAUUGCUCCAAUCCCGAACCCUGGAGAUGUCGGCGCGCAAGCGGUGGCAAUUAGAAUCUCGGGCGACCAAGCCUCCUUUUGGGGUUGCGGGUUCUUCGGAGCCCAAGACACGCUCCACGACGAUAGGGGCCGCCAUUACUUCCGGGAUUGCUAUAUCCAAGGUUCUAUCGACUUCAUCUUUGGCGACGCCAGGUCUCUGUACGAGAACUGCCAACUGAUUUCCAUUGCGGCUCCAGUGCCUCCGGGGCAGAAGGUGAUCAACGGGGCGGUCACGGCGCACGGCCGAGCCUCCAAGGAUGAGAACACGGGCUUUGCAUUCAUGAACGCCAGCAUUGGGGGCACGGGGAGAAUAUGGCUUGGCCGGGCAUGGAGGCCGUUCUCUCGGGUUGUCUUUGCGUUCACGACCAUGACCGACAUCAUCGCGCCCGAGGGCUGGAACGACUUCAAUGAUGCCACUCGAGACCAGACGAUAUUCUAUGGAGAAUAUAAUUGCUCAGGAGCAGGAGCUAACAUGAGCUUGAGAGCACCAUAUGUUCAGAGACUAAACGAUACUCAAGCUUUACCUUUUCUCAACAUCUCCUUCAUCGACGGGGAUCAAUGGCUGUGAUGACCUCUCAUUACAAUAUUGAUGCUAUUUUUCAACUUCCAACCGAAGAUUUAUUUCGCAGGUCAAGAAAAAUAAUCAAUAAUUCCCACAAAAAAGUGUUCAAAUACAUUGAUUCAUGUACAUUCUAUUGACUGGUGAAGUUCUCUUCUUCAAGAUUGCUUGUGCAGACAACUUGUUAACUUUAAUGUAAUUUGUCUCGUCACAUGCU